AUGAGUCCCAAGAUCGGUGUCUUCCCUGCAUCCGGAGGCCUUGGAACAAGCAUCGUGAACCACCUAGCAAAACUCGUCCCAGCAUCCGACCUAAUCCUAAUCGCACGAAGUCCCGAAAGACUGAAUGAUCUCCAAAAUGCCGGCGCGACCGUACGCAAGGCAGACUACGACGAGCCAUCCACCCUGGACAAUGCAUUCCAAGACGUGGAUAUCCUGAUGUUAAUCUCCUACGCAUCAUUCGAAAUAGACCACCGAGUUAAGGCCCACCACCUCGCAAUCAACGCAGCCAUCAACAGCAAGGUCAAACACAUCUUCUACUCCUCCCUCGGCUUCGGCGGCAAUCUGAACAACCACACCGUCGCCCACGUAAUGGGCGCACACGUCGCAACAGAGAAUUACCUCUCCUUCCUUCAAGAUAAAACAACCUACACCAACAUCCGCGAGGGCCUCUACUCUGAAUCCUUCCCAAUCUACACAGCCUGGUUCGACCCCCAACAUCCAGCCGACGAAAUCACCAUUCCGCACUCUGGUUCAGGCCCAGGCGUGGCGUGGGUAAAACGCGACGAGCUGGGGGAAGCAACAGCCAAGUUGAUUGUCUCGUAUAUCAAUGAGCCGAGCAAGUUUGAGUAUCUGAAUAAGACACUUCUAUUAUCUGGAUCACGGGAGAUAUCACUUGCAGAAACGGUUGAGAUUCUUGGUCGAUCUGUUGGUAAGGAUCUUCGGAUCCGGGAGAUCUCGGUGGAUGAGUACGUCAGGCUUCCGCAGAUUGGGGAUAAGCAUACGUAUCAUGGGGUCGAUUUGUCGAGGGAGUGGGCUACGGCUUGGGAGGCUAUCAGGCUAGGAGAGACUGCGGUUGUGUCGCCGGUUCUUGGGGGAGAUUUUGGGCAGGGAGCCGGAGAGUUAUGA